GACGCAAGUAAGCAAGCUCUUUCUACAUUUAAUUUUAGUAUCGAAAAGGAAGAUAAAAUACUGGGAAAAGCAUUUGGGCUCGUCCAUUCACCAUAUUGGGGUGAAGAUCGCAAUAAAGAGGUACCUGAAUAUGAUGGUAAUGGUAUCUUAAAUUAUCUAAGGAGUUUAAAUCUUUCGGACGAAGAUCUUACGAAGCUACUCAAAAAGUUCCCUGAAGUUCUUGGAUGUAGUCUUGAAGAUGAGAUAAAGAACAACGCGCAGGUCUUGGAGAAGCAAUGGGGAAUAAAAGGGAAGUCUUUACGGAAUCUUCUACCACGAAAUCCGAAAGUAUCGGGUUUUAAUAUUGACUGUAAAGGAGAUUGCAUGGCACAAUGCCCUCGGUGUUGGGUUCGAUUCUAGUGCUAUAGCCUAUAUAAAUGUUUUUGCAUAUGAUUAGUUUAUAUUCUAUCUUCUUCUCCUAUUAGGAAAAAGCAGUAUGUAUGUUGAACAGUUUAUGUUGAGAAGCGUUGAAUAAUUCUUUACAUUUCUUCCAAAGUACCUUAAAGUUUUAGAAGCAGAUGUUUAUGGAGAUGUCUCGGGUUUGUACA